AUGAACUAUUCAUCAUACACGUCCCCUCCCGCCCACGCGGGAGCUGGAUACUACGGAUUCAGCGCGACUCCAUCGCCGGCUGCAUCACCAUCCGGAGGAGCCCACGGAUACUAUCCAUCACGAUCAGGGCCCUCGACACGAAACCACUCACGACACACAUCAUCCGGAGACGCGUAUGCGUAUACACAGUCUCCACGGGCGUUUUCUCCCAGAUACAACUCCAAAGGAGAUUACGCGACUGCUGCCAAUGUGAGUCGAAAACAAAGUUCUUGGUCCGGUCCACGUUAUGAGCCAAAGCAACGGCGCAGUUCUUUCUCCCAUCGAGCCUCUCAUGGGGAUUCCGACGAGGACGAUUAUGAAUAUGUAGAAUACAUCGUGGAUGGUGUUAUAUACCGACGAGUUCAGCGGCCGACAAAGCCAACUUUUCAUUAUCGUGGGCAUGGCACUGAUUACUACUACUCUCAGGGCCAGUAUGAAAGGGAUGAUCCUGAAGAAUAUCAACCUAGAAGACGCCGACAGUCAUCAUCUACACCUCAACACCGACCACAACCCGCACGCGCCGCUGCGCCAAAGAAGCCAACACCAACUCCCAAGGCGACCGAAGCUGACGCACGUAAGCACCGCAUUCCUCCGGGAUACUCCCUCAAGAACUGGGAUCCCUCGGAAGAGCCCAUCAUGCUCCUAGGUAGCGUUUUCGAUGCGAACAGUCUCGGAAAAUGGGUCUACGACUGGACCGUAUACCAUCACGGACCCGCAACACCAAUUGCCGACAUGGCCGGUGAGCUCUGGUUACUCCUAAUCCAACUCGCAGGCAAAGUCAAACGCGCGGAAGAAUGUAUGCCACGCAUUCGAAAGGAGGAGAACAGAGAGAUGGUUGAGGACUUCAUCGAAUCUGGCGAAAGACUGACAGACAAGCUAAAGAAGCUUUUGAAGGCUUGCGAAACACCAAUGUUGAAGGCAGGCAAGCGAGGUGGAAAGGAGCAAGCGCAGUUGGGCAAGAAGGCAGGUACCGAGUUCGUCGAUUCUAUCUUUGGACGCGACCGUCAACUUGAGCAUACCGAAAAGUUUAUGGCAUCCAUCCGCCUCUGGAACUUGCGAUUCGACGCCAACUGCGAGGAUAUCUUGCGCAGGCCAGGACAGUAG